UCAAAAGAUAAAAUGCUAUUUUAGUCAUUUUAGUUUUUGAGUGCUAUUUUUGUGAUAUAAAGUUAGAAAGAUUCUAUUUUGGAGAUUUGCCCUUUUUCAAGUAUUCCAGCAAAAUCAUUUAGAAACUAGUACAUGUUUCUCUUAGUUGGGAUUUGUAACAAUUUUGAGAUAUCUGAUAUUUUUCUGGCUCUGAUAUAUAUGUUUCUGCUCAGAAAGUUAGCAGAUAUAAAAGUAUGGUAUAUUUCCAACUAUAUCUGUGAUUGUCAUCAAAUUAGCUGCUGAAUUUUUAAUCAUGCAAACUUUAACAUUGUAUUAAAUAUUUUAAGUUAAGAGUAUAUUUUGCAAACUGAAGAGAAAAUAAUCAUUGAAUUAUAUAGAUGUAGAUGAUUAUGGAAUUUUGUUUACACAAUCUCAACACUUGUGAAUACAUUUGGGGGUCCCUUGGAUAAAGUUUGGAGCUGUAUCUAUUGAGUUUAUCUGAAGUUUGGAGCUGUUAGGCCAUCUCUUUUUAUGUUCCUUUCAGACUGCGAUUACUAUAUCAAGUUUUCUUUUUUUUUUUUGUGUCAUAAAUAUGCUAACAUUGUAUUAAUUGUAGAGUUCAUACUCAAGUCUUGUUUUUUAAUCCUUCUAUGAAAUAAGUUCAGUGGAUUAAAAAUAUGGAUACACCUAAAAACCCCAGAGCAACAAAGCAUAUGAUAAUCAGAAACCAACAAUACAUUUGUUCGGUCAAAAACAAAAGACAAUUGGAAAAUGUCAAUAUCAUUCAAGUUUAUAAAAAUCAAUCAACUAGAAUUAAAACAAACCGUCAUAUGUAAAUGAAUUAAUGAAUACAAAUUUCAUUUAAAUUAUUUACUAAAAAAACAGAAUGUGAACUUUGGUCUUCUUUAUUGAAUUUUUACUAGUUGGGAAGUUAGAUUAAAGUCUCACCUACUUAUUAGUGUAUUUGAUUUGACGAGAGGACUUGUAUUUUAGUACAUGAAAAGAGAGAGAGACGCCAUUAAAAUCAGAGUAGUAUAGUACGUCAAAGGUUAAAGAGACCGAAACCAAAUUAUAUUUAAAGCAACAACGUGAAGCACUUGAAACAAGAUUGAGAUAUAACCAUAACCAAAACCAAAUCCUAUCCGUUCUAGGCGUUUAACUUCGACGGUUUUGGCGGCUGCUAAAUGCUUCCAAUGAGCAGAAACAUCAACAGCGUUGGCGUUUGGCAGAGCAACAACGGUUACUAUGGCUACAGCUAUGGAGGAGGAUACGUGGAGAAGAGACAGCUCUUCCUUAAGAGCUACCAGUUCUCGAGGAAACAGAGCUUAACCGAGAGGAUCAAGAGAUCUGUGGGGAGGGUUGUGAAGAAAGUUGUCUGGAUGAAGUUGAAAUCUGCUAAGAGGCUGAAACGCGUUGUCUGGUCGCGUCUCAAAACGGCGUUCUUCUACCGCCGUAGACGUUUCUCUCGUCUCCUUCACCCAAACAAAUCCUCCUCUCACUGCUUCUACUAAGUCUUUCUAUUCUCUCUAUGUUCAUUCGUUUGUGUGUGCAUUAGUUUGCUGCGUGCUUAAACUAAGAUUCUUCUUCUUUAAUCAUGUUGUUGAUUCACUAAAUAAUCUUUGUUAUAAUAAAUACUAUGCUACAAAUUGUGAUCAGAUAUUAGAUUUUGAUUAUAGACU